UUUACAAACUAAAGAACAAUUAAAGCAAUUUUGUGAUCCCCAAUUUGAUUUGAAUUUUUCGAUCCGCCCAAACCCCUUUCAAACGGCUACAGCUUUCUGUCUCUCUCCGUCCCUCUCUUUACAGUGUCUGUACUGUGUGUGUCUCAUAAUUUCUCGCUACUUUGCCUGUCGGAACCCUAAUUCUCUUUCACUCUCUCGAUCGCUACUCUGAACAAGGAUUUUGAAAAGAUGAAGCGUUUUAUUCAACCAAGAAGCCCCAUCUUGAGAGAGAAUUCUGUGGAUACACCUCCAUCAAACCCUACUUCAACAAAACAGAGUAAAUCUUCUAGUCGAAAACAUAAAUCCCCCAAAGAAAAUGCUCCACCUUCUGACCCCAACGCCAUUCCAGAUUCGUAUCCUUCUCCAUCGUUUACGGGUAAACCAUCUCCCGGUGCUUCCAGUAAAUUGAAAUCUCCACUGCCACCCAGACCUCCUCCGUCUAAUUCUCACAAGCGGAAGCUUAGUAAUGAUUUUCUUCUUGAAAAUGGUGUUGCUGGAUCUUCGGAUACUGGGGUCAAGGUUAUUGUGCGAAUGAGGCCACCAAAUACUAAUGAAGAAGAGGGGGAAGUUAUAGUACAGAAGACAUCUGAUGAUUCUUUGUCAAUUCUUGGGCAGACAUUUACUUUUGAUUCUGUAGCGGAUGCAUCCUCAACUCAGGCACAUAUAUUCCAGUUCGUAGGAGCUCCCCUUGUUGAAAAUUGUAUUGCUGGAUUUAAUAGUUCUGUGUUUGCAUAUGGGCAGACUGGGAGUGGAAAGACCUACACAAUAUGGGGGCCAUCCAACACAUUGUUGGAAGAGGAGUUAUCUAGUGAUCAACAAGGAUUGACACCUCGUGUGUUUGAAAGACUAUUUUUUCGCAUGAAUGAGGAACAAAAUAAACAUGCUGAAAAGCAACUCAUGUAUCAAUGCCGCUGUUCUUUUCUUGAGGUAACAUGA